UGCAAUGAAAUAUAUAUAUCGACGUAACAAGGUGGUCAAGUCUCUUAUAUAUUUUCAUGGUUUGAAAAUAUUCGUAAGUCUGGUUCGUCUUUUAAAUUGCUUCUUCAUUGCGCAAAAAACCUAAGAUACUCGCUUAUCAAAUGUAUCUUCUUAUCGUUCACGGGAAUACGUUAAACAGAGAAAUGACAAAAACGGAAAAAAGAAGAUUCUCAGAGUAGAGAUAAAGAAAAAUUAAAUUGUUGUAGUGCGCUAUCGUUAAAAACAAUUCUUAAUCACAAUAUUUAUAAGCUUUCCCAUUUGGAUUUCAUUUGUAAGAGUGGCCUCACACAUACCAUUGUGUAUGUACAUGUUUAUUAAUUUGGACAACAUAGUAUCAAAGUUCAUCGGUGUAAGAUUACAUAAUGAGACCACGUCUGGGAGAAGUAUUUUUUGUACUUUGAUCAUCGACAGUUAUUGGCGGGACAUGAUUGUGCACAUAGAGCGCAGACGAUAUAAGACAAUUCGAAGAUCAGGUUAGAGUAGGUGAAAGCACGGAAACCGGGACUGGUUCGCAGCGAAAUGUUUGAGGAACGUCAUUUCGUUGCCGCAUAGCUGAUUCACUGCUGAGUAUUACCCCACCACCUGUUCACCUUAACGAGGUUCAAAACUGGACGCAGAAGAGUUUCGACCGUCGUGGAAGACGGUGAAUUUGUAGUGGAAGUUUCUCCGAUUAGACAGAAUGGCGCCUGCACUUAGUAAAUUCGCGACCAGGCGCACGAUUGCUGGUGCUUGCGCGUUGACCGCGUUAAUAUGGAUUCUAAAAAGAAGAGGAAGAAAGCACGUCAUAAGGAACAAGAACGCAUGGCCCGCUCAUGAUAUACAGUAUGUCAUCACACAAGAGAAGCCAAAACGUCCGAAAGCUUACGUUAACGCAAAGUUCUUCCGUCAACUAUGCCAGUUACUUAGGAUUGGUAUACCGUCUAUCGUGUCCCCAGAGUUUGGAUUCUUUGUUCUGGUCGCCGGUUCGUUGGUUGCAAGGUCAUUCUGUGAUCUGUGGAUGAUAAACAAAGGAACAUUAAUCGAAACAUCGAUCAUUAAUAUGGAUGCGCAUCUGUUUAAGAAGCGUUUACUUUCUUUCUUGUGCGUGUUACCUGUGGUCUCCGUUGUGAACAAUGUACUAAAGUACGCGUUGUACGAAAUGAAGCUGAGGUUACGCACAAAUAUCACAAGAAAUCUAAUGGAUCAGUACCUGAAGGGUUUCACAUACUACAAAAUGAGUAAUUUAGAUAGCCGAAUAGCGAAUCCGGACCAAUUGUUAACCACCGAUGUUGAUAAAUUCUGCGACAGUUGUAUAGAUCUGUAUAGCAAUGUUGCGAAACCUAUGUUGGACAUAUUUAUCUAUGUUUUUAGACUGACAACUAACCUUGGUGGUCAAACACCGAUACUCAUGCUUUCGUACCUUCUAUUUGCUGGUAUGGUAGUAACGCAUCUACGUAAACCCGUUGGCUCGAUGACCGUGAAAGAGCAACGGCUCGAGGGCGAGUACCGUCACAUUAAUUCACGAUUGAUUACAAAUUCAGAAGAGAUCGCGUUUUAUCAAGGGAACAACAGAGAGCGACUCACUUUAUUAGCCAGCUUCUAUAAACUGGUGACGCAUCUGCGGAAAUGCUUCGAGUUCAAAGCGAUGAUAGGAGUGAUAGACAACUUUGUCGGAAAACAUUUCGCUAUGAUCGUCGGCUUCUACGCGGUGAGCCGGCCGUUUUUCCAAGCGAAUCAUCCCACCUUAUCGGGUAGCGCCGACCACCGAUUUAAAAAUUAUUACACGUACGGCCGCAUGCUGGUGAAGUUAGCCGAAGCUAUAGGCAGGCUGGUGUUGGCCGGAAGGGAAUUGACCCGGCUGGCAGGAUUCACGGCCAGGGUCACGGAGAUAAAGGUUGUUCUGGACGAUCUGAACGCGGGCAAGUACACCAGAACAAUGGUCACAGACUUGAAGGACGACUCGAUCGGGAGCCCAGGCGCAGGGAAGAUCUUGACCAAAGACAACAUUAUACGUUUCGAUCGUGUGCCAUUGAUAACGCCGAACGGUGACAUUCUUGUCAGGGAGUUAACGUUCGAAGUACAAUCGGGAGUGAACGUGCUGGUCUGCGGGCCUAACGGUUGCGGGAAGAGUUCCCUCUUCAGGAUCCUUGGAGAGGUCUGUAGAUAUUUUCCUCGUGCUCUGCUUAACACGUUGAGUGCGACGUCGAUUUUGCUGUAAUUUCCGCUCAGACGGCAGCGCGUAAGCAUUCGAUGCCGAACGCUAAACUAGACCGCGCGACACAGCGCAACAGACGAUUCCUUUUUUCCACUGUUUCUUUUGACGUUUGCACUCUGACAAUGGUGCAGGCAAUGCACAUGUAUACAAUGUAUAAACAUAAGAUAAUGGGGUGGGGAAUGCCAGAGAGACAAAAGUGCGAACACCAAGAAACGAUCAGUCUGAAAAAGCCACGGGAGUACACUAAAUUUUAACGUAAAUUUUUUCAUUGUCAUUAAUAAUUUAACCCUUUAAAAUGCUGGUCUCAUGCACCGAUGUCGACCAAA